GACACGAAACAACAGCAGGUGAUGCCAUGGAUAAAUGUGGGUUCCGGGUAAUUCUUGUGGGGGCUGUUUUAUUCAUAUGCACCGACUAUGCUGAAGGAGUUUGCAGACGGAAUGGUGUAUUUUACGAAACAGGCGAAAGUGUACCUGCCAGCCGAUGUAGACCCUGUUCGUGUAACAAUGGCGGAAGGAUAUUCUGCCGGCGGUUAAGCUGUCCCAGACUGAACUGUAUCGGUGCGCGAGUGAUUCCCGGCCACUGCUGUCCAACAUGUCCUACGUUAAACUACAGAACGUACAGAAAAUGGACCUACAACCCACAAAAGUAUGAUCGUCGAGGCAGCCUGGACGUCCGGGAACUUAACGACAGCGGUUCUGAUGAAAGAGGUCGUGGAGGGCGGCGACGACCUGUGUUUAGAAGCGCUCAUACACAUCACCAGAGAACAGCUACAUCGCGUCAUCUAGUGCCAGUAGUUCAGCGCAUGCGCCCGUCGUCUUUUAGGAAUCGAAUUUUCGACUAUCUUUAUAUCAGGAAAAAAAGUAUAGACCGAUAAUGUGUGUCUGUUAAUCAAUUAUCCCAGUAUUUUAUUUGUUGUUGUAAAAAAAAAUACUGCUUUGAGCAGACAUGGUCAAAAUGUCCUCUAUCUCGUCAUUUCGUGUCAGAGAAGCAUUGAAGGAGACCUUGAACGGACUAAUCCAUUAUGUUCUGUCAGUAAGUAUUCUACGGCAAAAAUAGGCCGCAGACUGAGCCGAUGCUUCUCAUUUUUGUAUACUAUGAAGGUCGUCAAUCUAGAUGCGUUCGUGCAUUAUUGUUGUGGACUCAGCUGGACAAAAAAACUGACUGACUGGAACAAAGUACGAGCGUAUAUAGCGCUAUGGAUCAAAUGACAGAGGUAUAAUAGGAACUGUUAGACAGUAAUUCUUGGGAGAAAUUACGAUGCAGACAGUUUUCAUCUGGAAGACGUGAUACAUACUCAGGUAUGCGUGUCAAUGGAAAAUAAAGAAGUGAAAAGUAUAGCGCCGGACAAAUUACAUCUCAACAGCUCGGCCCUUUUUGGUGUAGAAUUCAUAUUAUCACUGACGCCAAGUGAAGUCUCCAGAUAAUCGCAGCAAAUAGACAGUCAUCAUCUUCAUUAUAGGUCUACGCUCCCAC